GAUAACGACGACCGGAGCAAGAAGCCCUUGCUUGCCAGGACCAGACAGUUUAACGGCCGCCAUACAAACGAGUUCGGAUGGACAUGUGUAUCAUGAAGCGCAAUUAGAAAGGAAGCCCGCUUCUGAGCUGUGAAACUGCUCAAAAUGAACCCUUUGGUGGAACCUUGCAGCGGGCCAGCGCGCCUGCUGCGCCGCUUCUGCCUACAACCAAUACCAGUAUAUCAUACGGCCGUUUUACGCAAGGCAACGCCUGGCGUUCUCCCUUCACGACGGAGAUGGGCCCUCGCGGCAUCCUCUGACUUCCAGCCUUCUCCGGACAGCUCGUCGAAGACCAUCAGGUCGCUCGAUAACCUACUGGGAAGCAAUGACAGCCUUGACAGCAUGGACCUUGACGAGGGCCGGCGGCUGAUGAGUGGGGAGACGUGGGAGCGCAAGACACGCACACGCGUCCGGCGCGUACCAGACGCCAACGUCCGCCGGGUCCGGCCUCUGUACGUGUACGUGAUCUACUACUGCUUCAUCUGCGUGUACCUGGCUGCGGCCUGGCUGGAGGCCACAGACGGCUACCUGGCGGCCAGCGUGCUCAAGGACGGCCUGGUGAACGACCACCUGGCAGUGGCCACAGGGCAGGUGCCUCGCUUGGCCACUGCCGGGUUCGUGUGUGACUCGCCCCUGGAGCUGUUCAUGCAGCUGGCCACGCUGCUGACUGUGGGCGCGGAGGUGGAGGCGCUGCUGGGGCACAGCCUGUUCUGGGCGGUGUACUGGCUGUGCGGGCUGUGUGGCUCGCUGGCGGACGCCGUGGGUAGCGAGCUGCCCGUCACCUACGGCCCAGCCAACGCGGCGGCGGGCAUGGUGGGGGCGCUGGUGGCCUUCUACGUGCGCAACUGGGCGCUGGAAGAGCGCAUUGAGAGCGAGCGCGAGGCCGCCCGCGAGGCGCGGCGGGAGGCGGUGGCGGCGUCGCUGGGGCCGUCGGCCGCCACCGGCAGCCGUGAUGGCGCGGAGUCUGACGGCGGCGCCCCGCUCGCCUCGCUCUCCUCCCGCGACGGCGACGGCACCGGUACCAGCAGCGGCCGCCGGCGCGGCGGCGGCGCGGCUGGUGGCGGCGGCAAGAUGGAGGAGGGCGAGGCGGAGGUUGAGCUGCUGCCGUUCUGGAGCAUCAAGCUGUCUGCGCGCAUGAGCUCCCGGGCCCGGGGGGCGCUCAACGUGCUGGGGUCGCUGGUGGUGGCGUCGCAGGGCUUGUUGGAGUUCGGCGACGCCUCCCGCAGCGCCUCGUGGAUCGGACUCAUCGCAGCCUUCUGGACGGGGAGCCUGCUCACCUUCCUGGUGGGGCCGCACUACGAGGUGCGAGUGGAGCCGCCGCCCACACCCGCCUCGGCGGCAGCGGCAGCAGCCGCUGCAGCACAGACAGCGGGGGCGGGCGCGGAGGAGGGCAGCAGCAGCAGCAGCAGCAGCUCCGGCAGCAGUAGCAGCAGCAGCGGCAUGGAGUCAGAAGCGGCGCCUACGGCGGGCGCAGCAGGCGGCAGGGCUGCUGCUGCGGCGGCGGCGGCGGUGUCACGUGCCGUGGCGUGGACGGCGAAGGAGGGGCCGGUGAAGGCGGAUGCGGACGGGCUGAGGGUGAGAGAGCGUGCGCGAGAUGAUGUGCCGCGCGCAUGUGCCAGGGCUGCGGGGCUGUGAGGCGCACCGCGUUGGGGGGGUGCGGCGCUCGAGCACGUUGCCGUACUGCGUGUGUUACCUGCCCUGAGGCAG